CCGGCCCAGCGCGUAGGGUUUAAGACGGGCAGCUGUAGAGUCCACAGCAGCCAGGGGCACAAGUUCCUGCCCGGCAAUCCCGCCGCUGAUCCGGAGGCUCUGCCUGGGCGCCCUCGCCUGCGACGCCCUCCAGCUGCCGCACCAUCGAGACGCAGGCGCGCUGGGGCUUUAGCGGGGCGCGUCUGGACCGCUCCGGUGCAGCCGCUCUACCCCGCACAUGGGCAGCGAGACGCCGCUCCGGCCGGAAGCCUGGAGCUCACUGCUGGUGACGCGGCCGUAUGGGGACUCUGCAGAAGGCACUGGUCGUGGUCGCAGCGCUGGGCGCGGGGGCGGGCGUAGGGUGGGCGCUCUUUGCCCUGGUGACCCCGGGGGAACUGCAGAAGCAGGCUAUGCUGAAGGAGAUGCCGGAGCAGCAUCCGCAGCACAGGGACGAGAAGGCGCACACCCAGCGGCUCGUGAUGGCUACGCUGCAGGAGGCUGCGGCCACGCAGGAGAACGUGGCCUGGAGGAAGGACUGGAGGCGCGGCGGCGGGACCGUGUGAGCGCAGCCACGCCCGGCGGGGGACGAGGGACGCCAUCCGGGACUGCGGGCCCGCGGAGCAGCGGCGGGAGAGCCGGACUCAAAAGACCCCUGCCCUGCCCUGGCGCCUGCGCGCUCCCUGCUCCCAUGCAACCCCCAAGCCCCAUAGGCUGAGCAACCACAUUUUCAAAACGUUUUCAAGUGGAGUAUGUUGGGCCGGGGAUAUAGCUCAGAGGCACAAGCGCCUGCCUGGCAAGCGCAAGGUCCUGAGUUCGAUUGCUGGUACCAAAAAAAAAGUGGAGUAUGUUUUCUCUAGGAAACCAUCUGCCUUUCUUGUUCUAUAGAAAUGUAUUGGGGUGGGCAUAUAGCCCAGUGGAGUAAGUGCCUGCCUGGCAAGUGCAAGGUCGUGAGUGCGAUCCCCGGUACCACCAAAAAAAAAAAAAAAAA